AUCUACGGCCACACUGACCGCGUCUUAAAAAAAGAGGAUCUUUUUCCAAAAAAUAUUGAUUUUUGCCCACUGCCCGACCGCGUCCUGCCAAAAGAAGCCGUCAGCCAGUUAGCCCAGACCGAGAACCAGAUCGAAAUGCCCAAGGAAGACGCGGAGCCCUCGGCGAGUGGCGUUGGGGUGGGGGGCACAUUGGUCGCCAAAGAAAGCGAUGUGCCUCCUCCUCCCGCGGAAAACGAAAAUGCGACCCACAAGGAAAGCGACGCCUCUGCCUCUGCCAGCGUCUCUGCCAGCGUUAGCAGCGCCUCGACCACGCCCCCGCCCGCCCAAGACGACGCAGAGGAGGCGGAAUUGCUGGAGCGGAUGCGCGGCGAUGCCGUGGGCAACACCAUGUACAGCAGUCGCUUCAUCCUGCAGACCGUGAUGAAGUUGGUGGAGCUGCAGCCGGAAUCACCCCUGGAACAGCAGCUGGAGGACGACCUGUGCAAGGUGUGGGACAUGUCCGUGGCCCCCGAAGUGGUCACCCUGCUGCUGGAGAACGAGGCCAUCGAUCCGAUCAUGUACUCCUUGAUUGCCGGCUGUGAGGAUGUGCGUCUGUACGAGAUUCUCAUCGGACUGCUGGGCAACAUGUGCGCCCAGGUGGAGUGCGCCGAACUGCUCACCUGCAGUAAUGGAACGAUGGAGACACUGUUUAAGCUGACCAACUGCAUGGACACCGCCAUGCUGAUCCAACUGAUGCGCCUGUUCCAGUACAUCAUGGCCCAUGUGCUCAGCGGCAAGGAGCAGUUCGCCGUGGACUGGUACAUCUGCUUUGCCGCCUUCGAGAACUCCGCCCAGAAUCUGGGCAGGAUUCUGCAACAGUCCGUCAGCGAUGAGCUGCUGGUGGCUGCCCUGAAGGCCACCAAUGCUGUGCUGGCCAGUUGUGCCCUGGUGGAGGAGGAGAACGCCAAGUCUACAUUGAAUCUGAAGCCCUUUGCGGAGGUCUUCCUGGUGCCAGAGCUCUGCGAUGGCGUCAAUAGCGCCUUCCUGCGACUCAUGCGCGACGACCAGUCGAAGCUGGCCGACGAGGAAGCCGGCGAGGAGAACGGCGAGGCUGAAGUGCUGCCCGCAGUGGCCGCUCAGGACAGCGAUGAAGACGCCGACGUUGGCUAUGACUCGUGCGGCCCGAAAAUAACCUGUGAUGUGGAGAUCAUACAGACCUACCUCAACAUUUGCACCAUUCUGGUGCAGCUGCCCGAGGCGCAGGCCUCCAUGGACGUCUACGCGCCCAGCAUAGUCAGUUGUCUGGCCCGGAUACUGCAGUUUCUGCAGCAGCCGCUGCAACUCAUUCCAUUGGGCGAACGCCAGGAGGAGUAUCUGGAGGAUUUGGCGCACAUUUGGAGUCGCCUCAAGUACUUCUAUCACAAGGAAGCCUUCUCAAAUCUACUGGAAUUGUGGUACCGACUCAAGCAGCACAUCGAUAACUACACCGGAUCAGAUCCAGAGACCAACGACUUCGAGGAUGACGACGAGGAGGAGGACGCUCCCAAGGAGCAGUAUGUGGAGAAUGCGUUUAAGCUGCUGCGCCUGCUAGCCUGUAUGGUGAUAAAGGCCGAGAACUCGGAUCUCCAAGAGAUUGGCGAUGAAAAGGUGCAGCUUUUCGUGUCUGCACUGAAAGCCGAAGGGGAAGAUUCAAUCUUCUCGAAGGCCCUCGAAUGCCUGAGCGAUAAUAUGGAUAAGGAGUCGGGCCAAGCCUAAAGAAAAUACCUCCAUGAAAGGAAAGACAAAAAUGACUGAGAUUGUAGCUUGCAGCACAAUAUAUUCGUAACUUAGUGA